CUAGGGUCUGGGCCUCAGCUGACUUGCUUAGGCCUGACAAGGCCCCCUUAUCCCACCUUCCCCAGGCCAACUUUGCAAAAAGGCAACUUCCUCAAUUUCCUCCUAUCUCACCGCCCUCCAGGACCUCAUGGAGCCCAGAGGGUCCAAGAAAAAGACCGAGACGUUAGAGAUUGAUGUUGCUGAGACUCGGAACAAACACCUCCACAAAGCAACCUCGCUACCCACAAACCCUGCCCUCUACUCUGGGCCCUUUCCUUUCUACCGGCAGCCCUCUGAACUGGGCUGCUUCUCUCUGGAUGCCCAGCGCCAGUAUCAUGGAGAUGCUCGAGCUUUGCGCUACUACUGCCCACCUCCCACCAACAGUCAAGGCCCUAACUUUGACCUCAGAGAUGGAUACCCUGAUCGAUACCAGCCUCGGGAUGAGGAGAUCCAAGAGCGGCUGGACCACCUGCUACAAUGGCUCCUGGAUCACCGCGGACAGCUGGAGGGGGGUCCAGGCUGGCUGGCAGGAGCCACCGUGACUUGGCGAGGGCACCUGACAAAACUGUUGACGACUCCAUAUGAGCGGCAUGAGGGCUGGCAGCUGGCAGCCUCCCGGUUCCAGGGGACACUAUACCUGAGUGAGGUGGAAACCCCAGCCGCUCGGGCUCAGAGACAUUCCCAACCUGCCCAUCUCCGUGAGCUUAAAUACAUGGGAUACAAGUUCGAGCAGUACAUGUGUUCAGACAAACCAGACAGCUGUCCAGACCCCACGGGGGAGGUGAACACCAACGUGGCCUUCUGCUCAGUGUUCCGCAGCUGCCUGGGAAGCCACCCUCUGCUCUUCUCUGGAGAAGUUGACUGCACAGAUCCCCGGGCCCCCUCCUCACAACCCCCUACCUGCUACGUGGAGCUCAAGACCUCCAAGGAGAUGCACAGCUUUGGCCAAUGGAGGAACUUCUACAGGUACAAGCUCCUAAAGUGGUGGGCUCAAUCCUUCCUCCCUGGAGUCCCAAAUGUUGUUGCUGGCUUCCGAAACCCAGAGGGGCUUGUCUGUUCCCUCAAGACCUUUCCUACCAUGCAGAUGUUUGAAUACGUCAGGAAUGACCGUGAUGGCUGGAACCCCUCCGUGUGCAUGAACUUCUGUGCUGCCUUCCUUACUUUUGCCCAGAACACAGUGGUCGAGGAUGAUCCCAGACUCGUCUACCUCUUCUCAUGGGAGCCCGGAAGUCCAGUCACAGUGUCUGAAUAUCGAGGUGCGCCCCAUGUGUUCCUGCCCACCUGGUAUGUGGAAGCCAUGACCCAAGACAUCCCACCACCCUCUAAAACACCCUCCCCCAAGGACUGACAGCGCCUAUCUCUGUGCACUAAUAAAAGGUAUAUUUC